ACUGUUUACCUAAAAUUGCAAACUUGAACUUUAAACGGGCUGAAAUGUUCACCAUAAUCAAUCUUCACAGCAGAGGGAGGGAACUUAGUUUUCCAGAUGAAUAACACAGCUGGAAGAUCAAAAAGCUUUCUUGGAAACAGCCCGAAACGCUGCUCCUGUGACUGAAUUAAAAUGACUGCUAUUACUGUAUGUUGCGUGAGCGUUAUCGCUUUGUUUGCUUGUUUUUAUACCCCCUUGUAUACAUCUAAGACUCUGGGACCAGUCAUACAGUAGAGUGAACAAACAUCAUGGGAAAGCUGGCAUUUGAAACAGGCCUAAUCAUAAGUAUCUAAAUGCCUGAAACUAUGAAAUGAAAUAUCAAAGAAGAAAAAAGGGCUCUAUAUAGUUCUGCAUCAGUUACUUUUCAAUUACAGCAGCUCAAGCAGAACGAAAUUGUUAGUGUCAUUUAUCGACUGUGGUGCUCUCCAUUAGAGUAACAACUGAGAGAAAUCCAUCCUGUUGUAUAACCACCUGGCUGUCUUACAAUAACAAAGAGUUCGUUUCUGUCAGCUGCCCUUAAGUCUUUUUGGUGUGAUACAAGGAGCAGAUGAGAAGUGUACACCAGGAAACACAUGAAAGAACACAGAGCCCAAUAAAAUUGCUAUUGCCAGGCAGGUAACCUUUGUGGUUUUUCUCCUGCAGCUUCCUGAAAACAGUUCAGAAAAAGGUGACAUGGAAUUUAGAAAGGACGAUAAAAUACCAUGUAAAAACUGAAAGCAAUGCCUAAAAAAGAGGCAUAAUUUUCCAACUAAAAUGCAUUUAAAUGACACCUUAAUAUUGAUAUAUGUGUAAAAUGCCUUAUAUAAAUGCAGGACAAGUGAAUACCGCGUUAUUAUCACUUGCACUUAUAAAUAAACAUGUGUCUUGUUUCUGUAAUAAAUUGCAUCUACUCUACUGUUAACAUACCCACACAUCUACACGUCUCUCAACGGUGAACUUAAUGACAGGUCUAUUAUUUAUGCCUUGAUGAUCAAACCUGGUGAUGUGGACCAGGCAAGAGUAGCCGAGCGCAGACACCAUCCCCAAUCCCCCUAUGUGUAUAUUUUUAAUACUUUGAGGAAAAACUGUCAACCAUAUCCAAAGUGCAGGACCAAAGAGAAGUAAAUAAUGUAUGCUUUUGUUAGAUUCUUUGAAGACGAUAUGUGCUACGCUUUACCAAUUUCAAAUGUCGAAGAUUUCAGACCUCUGCACAAAACAGAUUUUGAUAAUCAGAAGGUGUAUCUGGUUCACAGAACUGAAGAGAAUGGCAGCGCAGGCCAGCCGUGCGAAGCACAGAUCCUUGCCCUUGCAGAUACAGUAGUGGAAUUUGAAGACAGUAUAAUGCAAAAGAAGAUGAAAAUUCCCAAGAUGUCCCUCAAGAAUUCAGGAAACUCUAUUGAGAACAGUUUUGGAGAGGAGAGAAUGCCACUCAGACACAAAAAGGCCCUGUCUCAGGACCAUGGCCGCCCUCUAUCCAACUCCUCCAAAAGCCUUGCAGCAGUAGUUGCUCGCCUAGAAAGAAAUGCGGCCAGCUCCUGUAUGGAGGGUGACGAGGACCUGGAUGAGGAUCGGCUGGCUGAGGAGGGAGAGGAUGCAGAUGAUGAGGAUGAAGAUAUGGAGGCAGAGCAUCAGCAGCAUCAUCACCAGCACCAACAGCAGCAUUUGGAGGUGGACACAGAUUGUGUGUCAGAAGUAGCUGCGGCCGUGGUUCCUAGGGUCUUGUAUGAGGAGCUGGUUCACAGCUACAGGCAACAAGAGGAGGAGAUGAGGAGGCUGCAGCAAGAGCUGGAGAGAACCCGCAGGCAGCUGGUGCAGCAGGCCAAGAAGCUGAAAGAAUAUGGCUCCUUGUUGACAGAAGUCAAAGAACUGAGGGACUUCAACAGGAGGCUACAAGAUGUACUUCUCAUGAGAUUAGGCAGCGAGCCUAUGCAUGACAAUGGCACUCAGACAAUCAAGGCAGAAGUGGUAGAACCCAUUGUUGAGGCCCAGGAGACAUGCAGAGAAGAAGCCAACACCAGUUCCAGCUACUCACCCUCACCUAGAACAGUAUACACCUGCAAUGAUGGGAAGGUGCACCUUGGUGGUGGCAUUUGGGUGGAGGAGGAGAAGUGGCAUCAGCUGCAGCGGACCCAGGGGGACUCAAAGUUCACAAAGAAUCUGGCUGUUAUGAUCUGGGGCACAGAAACUCUGAAAAACCGGAGUGUCACGGGAGUGGCCACCAAAAAGAAGAAGGAUGCCCUGCCCAAGCCUCCGCUGUCACCCAGCAAGCUGAAAAUCGUCAGAGAGUGUCUCUACGACCGAGUGUCUCAAGAGACAGCCGACAGUGCAGAGAUUACACAGAGAUUGUCCAAAGUGAACAAAUACAUUUGUGAAAAGAUAAUGGACAUCAACAAGUCCAUCAAGAAUGAGGAGCGGCGGGAAUCCAAGCUGCUCAUCAGACAGACAGUCAAGAUGGAGAACUUCACCUAUGAUGGCAUGUAGUGAUCACGUGUUGUCACGCCAGCGCCUUCUGCCCGUCUCGUGGUCUGCAGGAUACUAAGGGGACUUGAUCUGGGUGAUUGGGAGGAGUCUGUCACCAUUUCAGGAGGUUUUUUUUUUAACCUUAUAAGAUGAUAUGUUUUAAAAAUGAACCCUUCCCAUCAAAGAGCAACCUUCACCUUCCACACCUUAGGCUGACAGACAGCUUUACCCAUCGGUGUGACAUGUUGAAAUAAGCAGUUUGAUGUGAGUUCUGGUAUGAGUGGGUUUUCUAAGCUUUACAUUGGAAUUGGGGCAGAGCCAUGCAGUGGUGUGCAUGAGUCCGUAUAUGUCAACAAGGUGGAAUUGUUUCAUUUAUUGUUCUGUGUCAGAACAUAAUUCUGAGUCCUUAAACUCAAAGCUUUUAAAAAGUGAGGUUCUAAUCCUAGACAAAUUUUCCCUCUAAUGACGCUUGCGUUAGAUCUCAGACCUGUGAACAGUCGAGUUUGCCGUUGGUACAAACUGCAUCCAGUGGGACGACCGUGUCUCAAAUGUACACGUCUUAAUUAGUUAACAGCCAUACAGCAUGUUACAACAGAGAUUCUGUUGCUGCAAGAGACUUAUAAUGAGUGUGUAGUCACCUUUGCUUGUAGGUCAGUGACAUUCAUUAAUUUACUAAAGAGGCAGCUUAGGGUGGGGUGUGGGGUUUUAUGUUGACCUUUUACCAUCAUUGGGAGAGCCCAGGCAAAGUUUUUGAUGGGAUAUUCCUGGUUGGCUCUGUAUCAAAUGUGAUUUAAAGACAGUUUGUCUGUUUGAGGAGUUGUGCUGGGGGCACCGUGAUGUCUAGACCGGCCUUCAGGGCCAUGGGUUUUCUAGGAAGCUGUGAUUGUAAAUGUAUAGUAAGCGGAAAAGAGACUUGCACUUUGCUAUGAGAACAUUAGAGGCUAGGUACUAUGUUUGUGUGGUUCUCACCUUUAUAUUGAGGUGUACUGGGUUAUGUUCUGUCCCCGCAACUGUUAAAAGAUGGAGCCACGUGGACGACUAAAACAGAACGUGGCUUUUCACUGUUGAGGUCCUCUUGUAGAAGCACUGUUAGCUGGGGGUAAAGCUGUCUAAAGCUCUAUUGUGCUGUUGAAGUUGUCUGGGCCUGCUCAACCCUAUAAUAAUCCCCUCCUUUUUUUUAAACCACACCGAUGGGGAACAAAGUAAGGUUGCGCCACUGACAGUUUCCUGAGUUAUGCCAUCAGAACUUUGAAAAUCUUCUCUUGUAUGUUUUUUUUUUCUCUUCUCCAGUUAUUUUAUUGUUUUGAUCCAAAAUGGUUUGUGUGGCUGUCUGCAGGCUGGAACUAAAUGCUGCAGAUUGAAAUCUCAACUGUGACCUAGCUGUGGCUAACUGUGAAUCUGCUGCAGAGCUGCCCAUCAAGCCUUUCUCCUCGUCACACUCUGGAUUGUUGUCGGUUGGGUUUCUUUCUAUCAUUUUGUUGUCUUUUGUUUUUCUUAUUUCAAAGGUUUGGAUCAGCUUUUUCAUAAGCUAUCUCGUGUUUUUGGAUAUUUUGGUGUACAUAAAGCAUCUUUCUAUUUUAAUGUUCACCGCCAAACAUGGACUUUUCAGUUUUCAGUCACGUUCCGCGCUGCGCGUUUAAAGGUUCUGGGUGAGUUUGGUUUAUGUAGUUGUUGUUGUAAUUCCAUGCUACAAUUUCCUGUUUCCUUCUACAUAUUUUUUGUUUUGUUGAAUUGUUGCUUUAAGCCUAAUAUUCUAUCCUAAUGUAGAUGAGUGAAAUCUACUAACAAAGCAAAAAUCUCCUUUUUACAGCCAAAGUGGUCUCUGUGGAAACAGGAGAGACAAGGCCCUAAACAUGAGAUUUUGACAGUCCCCAAACAUUAAGCUACUACACAACAUGAUUUUUGAUGAACCUCGCUUGGAGUCUACCUUCUAAUGAUCUUAGAUGAGAAUCUGUAUGGUUAAACCAUUGUUAGUCUAGCAACUGAGAUGCAGUAGUUAGAUCAACACAAAUCAUUUGCGUCAAAUGCACUUUAAACUUGGAAAUAUCUUCAAUCUUAAAUGUAUUUGUGGUAUUCGUCCUUUUUUAAAUGUCUAUAUAGAGUAGGGCCAAACGAACAUGGUAUUAUUGUGAAGCACCUUAAAACAUUUUUUUUAUGGCCAAAGUCAGUUAAUGGAGAAUAGUUGAUGUUGAUCAAAAAUGCCCGACAAGCCGAUUACAAGAGUUUAAAUUUUAAUUUAACUUUUGAAAUUUUUAUUCCAAUCUUUGGAGAUUUAUUUGGAGCGCUUAGAAAAACAGAUUUUCAAAAGUGAAACUAACUGUCUAAACUGGAUUGUACAUAUCCACCAUGGCCUCAUGAACAACAAAGGACUGACAAGUAAAGGUCCACAACUCUUCUAAGCCCGAAACGCAGUUCACCAAUCUUAAGAUAUUUACCUGUAAAAUGUGCAAACUAACUUGAAUAUGUGCUUUAACUUGAUGUGUCAAGAUGCUGGUUAUGUAUAGAUAUGACUAUAUACAGAGAUACUUGUGUAUUUUUAUGAGUGGUAAAUGUAAGCCAAAGUAUUGAAUGCUGAGAUCAAGCUAAAAAUACGGGGGAUGACGCUGACUGAGGUAUCAGCAGGGUUUGCACAAGAAAUGGCCCAUGCCAAGGUAACAGAGCUUAGUGAAACUUAAGCCACCAAAAUGGUGACGCGCUAUUGAUGUUGGGUUUUUUUAUUUUUUUUAUUUUAAGUUCCUGAAAAUUUCCCUUUUCCAGUAAAGCUUUGAGUUUUUUGUCUAUCCUGUACAAAGCAAUGUGAGGUUUACGUGCACUAGCGUGUACCGACAGUACGUGCAGUUCAAAACCAGAGAAAAGAUUUCUGCUCUGCAAAGCGACCUCGCUGAAAUUCUGACGCAUAGUUGUGUGUUGUUUGUGUUCGUGCGUUUCUUUGUUGUUUGAUGCCAAAAGGGGGUGUGGUGAAAAUAAUGCUUUAAGGUAGAGCAUUACUAGAGCUAUUACAUCGACCGAAAUGUUAACUGGUUUUCAAAGACUGGCUUCUUGCAGUGUGGUUUAGCCUAAUCCUCCAUCCAAAACCAUCUUUAGUGAAUUACAGCUCGAUGGAAGUACUGUAUGUUUUAACCCAGAUUUGGCUUAAUCUGUGAGGCCACAGUCAAUUCUUCUCUAAUGUACCAAACCAGUUCAGCAGCAUGUUGCUUACAUCAACCCAUACCAGUGAUCUUGCAGAGCCAUGUCUGGAUAUUAUAGGCUCGUCUGCCUCUGUGACACAACAGCAGACCUUCCGGUACUCAUCAUUACUCCAGUAGCAACAGGAAGCAAGCGUAACCUCUCUGGCUUUGUGAUCCUCGUCCCAUGUCGCCUCCACCGUAGUCCCUCACUCCUCUGGCAUUUACGUGGACUGGAUCGGAAAUGCACAUGUAUCAAGAUAAUGGCAAAUCCUGUCGUCCUCGCCCGGUGUUUUGGCUUACGCUGUGAACACCUGUCAAAGCGUCACAAGUGUGGGAGCUUUAUGUUGCUUUCUGACAGUUUCGGGGGGGAGAGAGGAAAAGGAAAUCUAUUUCCAGCUUCACUGUGUGGAACAAGAUAAAUGGUUUCAUCUAGCAGUUUUCACAGCUAUGUGUACGCAAAACACAUCACUGUUUGAUCCUCAGAUACAAUGUCAAACUUGCUUCAAAGGAGACUAACGGGAGGAAUACAUUGUUAGGCCUAUAUUUUUCUUAUGGUAUCAGUAACUUUGUACACAAUCCACAAACCGGUUCUACUUCAUCUAACUUCACCGUCCUACCUCAUUGUUACUCUCUGGUGUUUGUUUGUCAGUGACUGUAAACUAUGUGUGUAUAUUAAAAAAAAAUCAAUAGGAAAAGUUAUACCUGGUUACCUGCAACAUGUACAGCAUAUAAAACUUGUAAAACACCUCAGUACAAAAAUAUCAUUCUUAGGAGAAAUCAGUUUUAUUAUCUGCUUAAAGAUGCUGCUGUGAAGGGUCGUCUGUGUGAGGGGGUUGUCUCUGAAUAUAUAUCUUUGCUCUCUGCUAUGUCGUGCAGUUGAUCAGUGGUUGUGUUCUGUCUGUAUUGCAUUCUGAGAUUUUUACUGGUUGACGGUGCUACCAGCAAACAGUUCAAAGACUGAUCUGUCUAUCGGACCUCAAAUGGUGCUGUUUUUCUAUGUUUUUAUCCUCAUACAGCUAUGUUUUAUUCAGGUGUGUCAACCGCCACUAUCCCCUCAGCUAAUCAAAAUUCUAAGCCAAAAUAUCUCGCGAAACCGAUAACCCUGCUAUUACUGUAUCACCUAUAUGCUAUCCGUCCAAAUAUUGUAGAUAGUGAUUAUAUCCUCAGCUGUGAGCUUCAGAAGUACCUCAGAUCUCGCUGAUUUUCAAUGGAUGCAUCUGCUUCUAGCACCUGUUGUCUACCAACCUACGUUGUCGCUGUGUAAUUUUCAGAAAUAUGCAUUUUUAAUGGCUAGAUCAGGUUACACUUGAACUAUUCUGUAUUAUUAGCUCACGCUCAGAUAACCGAUAACCAUUAGGACCCCACUGAUGCAUGCCAGACCAUCAUCCAGGAAAUCUGCGGUGGACUUGGCCAUGCGUGCUGCAGUAGAGGACCUCAGCAAACAGAUGAAUAAUAUGGGUGUUCCACACGAGAGAGAUUCCAUUGGUUGUAGUAGCUUGUAGUUGCAAGGUGCAAAUGACACGAUGCGUCAUGUCAAAAUUUAAAGUCUGCAGUAUUUGUCACGUUGAUGUCAACUUUCAGGAGGUGUUCUCUUCUUUCCACUUUAACGUGCAGUUCUUUGUAGUGUUUUUGUUCCUUUCUGUUGUUUUAUUAUAUGUAUUGUCGUAUUGUAGCAUUGUCCUGAUUGACUUACUGUGAGUUGAGAGUAUCUGGACUUGGCUUAAUUCUAUAUUAAAGUGCUUUAUAUUUUCUUCAUCCUGUGCUCUGACACCAAUGGAAUCUUCUCUGCACCAAAGUGUCUGCAGCACCUACAGUGGUUUGCUCCCUCUGUCACCAUGUAUCUGUGUUUUUGCUUUUCCCUCUCUUCAUGUCUGUGAACAUGUGAAGUGUUGCUGGGGGAUUUCUCUCUACUGUGAGCAGUGUGUUCUCUCACUGCAGUUGGUUUCAUGGAAGCACUUAAGCCAUUUGUUGGACCACUUCCUAAUGGUUCAAUUUUAAGCUUUGCUCUGGUCCAGGGAAUUGUCCCAGGGAGUUUUGUGUGUAAUUGAAUUCCUAUGCAGGUGUUGAGUAGUAAUCAUCUGGUACCACAUCACUGUUGGGUGGAGGGACAAGCAGGGAGAGAAUGGACUGAAAUGUGUUCUCCUUCGAAUGUUUCUGCACAUCCUUGGAAUCGAGUGAAUGGAGACAAUGGCGACAUGACAAAUCCGUACUGAACUCUUACCACAUUUUCAUACUCAUGGAUUUGAAACAACUGGAGCUGUAGAGCCGACUGCUUGUGCACCUGUCUGCAAUAGUUUUACCCACGUUUAACGGUGAUUUGGGGCAGAAUAGGUUUUUAAUGUACGGAGUCUGGCUGGAUUGAUAAUGUGAAAAGAAUUUCAAGACUAUUGCAGUGAACACUCCCCCUCCCUCUACUUUAGCCUCCCAGAGGCACAACCCUACAGUUACACGAAGCGUUAUUCUAAGUAUAUGCGAUAGAGAGUGUAUAUGUCUCUGCUAAACCGGCCACACCUCUGCUAUGCGAGCAACUCUUUGAUGCUUAGCAUCCUGUUCUAUGUUUUCUCUUGCUGCAUUCAGGAACACCUGUUUAAUGUAUAGAUAAAAAUAAAUACAGACUUUUAUUCUAUCAGCACAAA